AUGGCAGAUAACUCAGCAAGUUUUGCUAAAAUAGCGAGGUUGGUUGCCAAAUUUCAAAUCACUACUGGGGUUUUACUUUUCUUUUUUGGUAUUGCCGAUCGAAGUGCACGCUUUAAAACGGAAGUUGGACCUGGCAGCGUCUGCUACGGGAUUUGGAUCGGGAUAUGGGUAAGCAAGAUUUUACUAAAACAUUGAAAGAAAUACGUUUGUCACUGUUAAAGGUGCAAAUAAGUAUUAGAUGUGUAUAUAAAAAGACAUCAUGAUUUUAAAUAAAUAAAUGACACCAAUAACUGAAGGACCUGGUAAGCUUUUAAAAAAUCGGGUAGCAUAGAGUGUGCAAUUAAUAUUCCAUGUAUUACUCGGCAAUUUAAGUAAAUAUCAGUCCUCAGAAAAUGCCAUAUUUCGUAGUUGCAAAAGUCGUGUUCGAUGAGUCCGUACAUUCCUUAAAAAAUUUUCGAGUAUUAAUGUUUUAACAUUGCAAUAAGAAGAUUUGGUAUUGGAUGACAGGGUUGUUAUAUUCAUGCCAUACCAGUACCAGAUUUUUUUGUCACUAUAAUAUUCGGAAACAACAUUAUCAAUAUUAGCAUGAUGAGAGGACUUUUUUUUACCUCGUCGGAAGGACCUGAAAAGAUUGUUUUGAGCAACUAACAGUUUCUGAGUAACUGAAUAGAUACUGAAUCAUAUGGAACGCUAAAGAAUACUAUAGAUGAAAUUGACAUACGUUAAUAUGCAGUUUAAUGGAAAAGUUUUAGAAAAGUAAUAAAUUUGCAGAGGCAGUUGAGAGAUGUUCAGCCUCAAACGAGCGAAAUGAAGACCGUUGAUUCAAAAUUGAACUCACUCAAAAUUGAAACGCAAACAAUCUUACCAAUGUAAAAUUCCGUAUCUGGAAAAUAAUGAAUGCGGUAGAUUUAUCGACACUCUUCUCGAGCAAUUUCACAUCUUGUACGGUUACUAACUGUAAUACGAAAACUACUUUGGGACUGAAGCGGCUUCCUGAGGGCAAGUACACACGGACACGCCAGAAUAGCACAUAAACCAAUAACAGCAGACCCAGUGCAAAAUUAUAAGGUUUGAUGGAUCACAAUAGUUCACUCAAACUCUUUCUCUCUUUAUCUGCAUCAAGCGAAAAGAAAAAUCUGCAAGUGUUCUAGUCACUGGAGCGAUAAAUGAUAAUAAUUUUGAAAAAUAAUUUCCGUGACAGCAGGUAUUCGGCGGCGAAGAAGGCCCAUGCUAGCAAGGAAAAUGGGAUUGUUUUGCCUUAGGUCUCCGUUUCUUUUCUUACAGCUGUGCAUCACUGGACGUCUAGGAAUAAGUGGUAGUGAAAGAGAAAGGACUACUUGUCGAAAUGUGUUUGUAAGUCAAAGGCCCAAAAGGCCAAAGCUUAUUCCGGAUUUCUUAGCACGAAGCAUGCCUAGGAGUAUUGUUACGCGCCACCCUCCCUGGACGGGAUGCUAGUCCAUUACAGGAUUAACCCCCUCCCCCAGCACUAUGUCGCCGUACCCAUUGAUACACUUGGGUAAAGAGAGACAAAGUGGGGUAAAGUUCCCUGCUUUUAGGAAACAACUCGACGGGCGAGGCUUGAACCCCGGACCUUCCCAGAGUUCGAGAUGUUAAUCAAUUGGCCACACACGGGGAUCAGCUUGCCGUUUCAUAUUUUCUACAAGUGAACGUUACAAGUUCUAAAGAACGGAACACACACCUCUAAGGGUCCCCAGUAGGGUCCCCCUUCCCGUUAUCACGAUCCAAAUUUUCCCCCAAUAGCUAUUUUCGGAAUCAUUCCGAAAAUAUAUCCCAUGCAUAUUUUCAAUCUGGCAUCUCUCACACCCCUCAACCUUAGGAAUCAAUGGACCUGUUGUUAUCCAAAAAAACAUUAAGUACUUAAGUCGAGUAGCACUCUGAUUAGAGAAUUCACUAAGACUUACUGUAAACGGCCUCUAGCUUCCACAUACAUUAAAAAUGAAAGACGCGCCUUCCUAGCUUCUUUUUGGGGAUAUAUGAACGAGCAGCCUGUGCGAUCACUAAUGUCAUGUUUGUGUUACUGUAUUUUUCAGGCUGCUAUUUUUAUGGGUUUCUCUAUCACUUCUGCUUUGCUAGGGGGAUUAAUCAUUUUGAUCUACAGCUUCUGGAUUGACGUAAUUACCAGUUACAGAUCCAACAAUAGCAGUCACUAUGAUGCAAAGUUUGCUGUCGCCAUCAUCAUCCUCAUCCUUGGAAUUUGUUCGCUUAUUGCUGGAAUCUCGGCAGCAAUAAGUGUCUGUUUGAUGAAUCCCUGCAACUGCUGUGCACAGACGUGGGUAAAUACCCAUAAAAAAAUUAAACAGUCUAUCUCGCCUUCCUGCGUAGCUGGCGGUUUCUUUUGUGUGAAUUUCGUUCAUGGUUCGUACAUUAAGAGGAACAACACGCCCUAGGGGUGGGAGGGGGGAAGAGAAGUCGCCUUCUUCCAUCGCCCCCUCCGCCAUCAUUUUCUCGUUUGACCUUGGCGAAUAAGGUAGCUUGCGAAUACAGCCCAGCUCUCCUCGUUCCUCGCCGCUAGGAGCGUUUCGUUAGAGAAGAGAGACGACUGUCAUCGCAGGCUACGAAUAAGCUCCGCCCGUUUUUUGAGAACUCAAUUCUGAUCUCAUUGGUCAGAGGUUUUAUAUUAUCCUCUAUAUUUCCACUAAAUAUUUUUUGAGAGCCAAUAUGGCAUGCUCAGGACCGCCCUAAUGCCUCAAAACUGUUGUGAGAGGAAAUUAUUUAUUAUACGAAUAGAAAGUCUGGUGAAAGUUAGGUAAUACAAACCGAAACAGACGCGUACUUUGCACAAGAACAUUCCCCUGGCGUUGCUAAUAUUUUCACACAAGUACCCUUCCUUUGCACGAUUGAUAAGAAGCGUAACGCACCAACCAUUUUAAUUAUAAAAGGACCGCGCAGUUCUGAUCGCUUGAAGAAAUGAGUAAAGCAAAAGACAUCUCAAAAUUUGGCAGACUGCUAGUAAACUAGCCUGCGUCGUAGACGAAAUUAAACCCCGAUGAGUAACGUCAGCGAAGCAGCGCUGAAAUCCUUGUACUGGGUGCAACGGAUUCAAUGAAUUACCGGAAAUGCGUUUCGAAUUUCCUUUCAAUCUGCUAUUGACAAACCAAUCAAGGCGCGUACUCAAAUCUUGGUACAUACCUUGGGGCCCAGAACAAAUAUUUCGGCACUGUUUCACAGACUUAAAUCAGAGUUUCAGUUUCGCCUGGGGCGACGGCUGAUACUAUACUUCAUACAAUCACUGAUAGGUAGAUCAGCGGGUCUUCUGUAACAGCCUAGCGGAAGGACGAUACGUCACGACUCAGGUUUCUGGAGGUGUUCCCUUUGCAGUUCCAGUGGAAGAACACGACAAUAACACCGUAGCAGCGUGGUGUUACCAACAACCGAUGGUGCUAGCGCCUGUUUCUGGUGCUUCAGGGGGUCCGUAUGUGAUUGUUCAGGCUGCCUCGCCUGAAGGAUUGGCCACAGGUACAACCGCCCCAACAGCAGGUUCAACCGCCCCUCGUGCACGUCCCUCCAGCUAA